AUGGCGGCGGCCGGGGGUGCGCCAAGCCGCGGGGGUCCCGGGCGGCCCUGCCCCUUCUCCAUAGAGCACAUCCUCUCCAGCCUGCCCGAUCGGAAUCCUGCUGCCCGACCUGCCCGGCCACCGCAGGCCAGCAGCCGCCAGAGCCCCGCCGAGCCCGAGGAGCCCGGGGCACCCGAGAUUGUGCCCUGUGCCUGCUGCUGCUGCUGUGGCCCCCGCGCGGUGCAGCGUAGAUCCCCCGAGGCGGCCGCCGGGCUGGGCUCACGUCUAUCGUGGCCCUUGAGGCUGGGACCUGCGGCGCCCUUGCCCUUGGCAGCGCCGGCUGGAGGAUCCGAGACGCUGUCCGGUGCUAGCGGACCCGGCCCGCAACGACGCACGCGACGCCACCGCACCAUCUUCAGCGAGGAGCAGCUGCAGGCGCUCGAGGCGCUCUUCGUGCAAAACCAGUAUCCGGACGUGGGCACGAGGGAGCGCCUGGCCGGCCGCAUCCGCCUGCGCGAGGAGCGCGUGGAGGUCUGGUUUAAGAACCGACGGGCCAAGUGGCGACACCAGAAGCGGGCAUCAUCAUCUUCAAGGCUCCUGCCAGGCCCUAAGAAAGCUCCCAAGGAAAGCUGCUGCUGA